UCCAGUGAACCUGCUACAACGCCAUGGGUUGGACUUACAAUACUCCGGAUCAUGUUGCAAAUGAUGGCCCGCAGAUUUCGACUGUGGCAAUCGUAUUGACGACGGUGUCCCUUCUGGUCUUAUUGUUGCGAUUCUACGUUCGUGGCUGUAUGCUCAAGGCGAUGGGAGCUGAUGAUUACGUCCUAAUCUUUACCUGGCUUGCGGCUUGCGGCUUCGCUGCUGUGUCCAUCGUCCAAACCAGAUGGGGUCUUGGCUUGAAGCAUUUAGGAGAUAUGCCGAAAGAGAACGUCUAUAACUUCGGACUGAUCCAAUACAUAGGUGCACCGUUCUACAUAUCGAGUAUUCUCGGCUUCAAGAUGAGUCUGUUGUUGACGUACCUCCGUUUCAUGACCAAAGGCACUGCACGUACCGCUACGAUCGUGGUCAUUAUCGCUUGCGUGAUGUUCCAUCUUUCGUUCCUCCUCGUUCAAACCAACUUAUGUCAACCGGCUGCAAAGCAAUGGGAUCCUAGGAUCACUUGGGGCAGAUGUCUGCCUGCUGUGCCAUUCUAUACCAGCAUGGCAUCGUUCACGAUCUUGUUUGACAUCACGGUUAUGCUCCUACCGUUCCCGGUGCUGCUCCGCAGUCAUAUUCAGAAGCGAAAGAAGGUUGUUUUGUUGGGUCUUUUAGCCCUGGGCACGUUCAUUACAAUCAUUCAGAUAAUUCGCAUUCGAACCGUCAAGAAUCUCGCCAACUACCUCGACUCGGCGAGCCUGAUCAUGUGGUCAACGGUCGAGAACAACCUUGGCAUAAUUGUGGUGUCCAUACCGACACUUGGACCUCUUUUCAAGUACUACGCUGAGAAGACACACAAGGGCUCCACAGCGAACUCUACCAGUCACCCGCAGUCACUAUACGCGCUGAAGUCACGAUGCGGCACAAAAGAGGGUUCUUUCCCGCUCAGUAGCGGUGUCCACCAAGCAACGCAUGUUCGUGGUCCAUCUGAGGGAACAGGAAGCGAAGAGUUCAUCCUUUGUGAUAUUGCUACAAUAACAAAGAGGACAGAGUUUACUCUUUCAACUUGUGUCAAAGGAGAGCCGCAUUCGGUCAAGUGUUAGCCCAGAUGCCGAAAAGCUUUGUAAACGUUCCAGGCUUGUGAGGCAUGGUUGUUUGAAUGGAGAUCUUGUGAUUGAGCUAAGGCUGUACAAGUGAUGAAAGUGGAGGAUCUCCUCAAAUUUAUAUUUAUCACUUGCAACGUGUUGCUUCGCUUGCUGGUGGUAAGCUUUCACUAUCUAGAAGAGCAUCUUAAG